UUUUGUGAGAAAUUAGUGCAACUUCGAAAUCCGUCACUUCCGGUGACGCAGAGACGUGAAAUGUUUUGGUUCGGAAGCUAGCUAGCUAGCUUAGUAGCUGAACCGCUUCAGAAGCUACAUUUUGAAACGUCACGGGGUUUCUCUCCUCGGCAGGAGGCUUCGAUGGGAGUUGACCAGACGGAGCCGGGGGUGCCGGCGGACGCGGUGGGCAGGCGGGUGUCCUGCGGCGGGGAGCGGGCCACGGUGCGGUACGUCGGGCAGGUGCCACCGACGGCAGGGCUGUGGCUCGGCGUUGAGUGGGAUAACCCAGAGAGAGGCAAACACGACGGCAGCCACAACGGAGUCCAGUAUUUUACGUGCAGAGACCCUAAAGGAGGCUCCUUCGUCCGUCCAGCGAAGGUGAGCUUCGGAGUGGACUACCUGACCGCUGUGCAACAGGUGUACCAGAUCGACUCAGAGGAGGUGCUGAGUGAGGAGAUCUCCAUCUCCUCCAAGAAGCUCAAGUGGGGGAGCAUCAAGGAGCGCAGUUUUGAGAGUCUUCCGUCAGUGUUGCUGAGCCGCCGGGAAGUGAACGGGUCCGGAGCUGACGGGGAAAUCAGGAAAACGACGCCAAACGUGCAGUGGUUGGACCUGAGUGGGACUCUGCUGUCCUGCUGGGAGGACGUGGCUGCCAUCACCCAGCAGCUGGACAAACUGGAGGGACUACAGCUCAGCAACAACAGACUGCGUUUGCCCUCUGACCCGUCUGCUCACUGCCAGGCGUUCUGCAGCCUCAGAGUCCUCGCCCUCAACGGCUGCGACCUCACCUGGCCUCAGAUCCUGGAGUGCGCCCCCAUGUGGCCACAGCUGGAGGAUCUGUGCGUGGAGGAGAACAACAUCACGGUGCUGCAGAGGCCCGAGGGAGUCCUGCAGUCGCUGAAGAGUCUCAGUCUGUCCUGUAACCCUGUAGUGCAGGACAGUGUGCUCAGCAUCGCGGCUCUGCCCAGACUGGAGCAGCUGAACUUGUCCAAGACCGAACUGACGGACAUUCGGUUCGAUGACGCCGCUCCCGGAGCUCAAACGGCCAUGUUUCCGGCACUGAAGAAUCUCAACCUGGACCACAACAACAUCACUGAGUGGCGUGUAGUGGACGAGCUGGGGAAGUUGCCCAGUUUAGUUCAGUUCUCGUGUCGCGGCAACCGACUGGUGAGCAGCGACGGAAACCACAGAACAGCCAAUCAGCUGCUGAUCGCCAAGCUGGGACAACUGGUCGUCCUGAACAGCUGUCAGAUCCACCCCGAGGACAGGAGGGGGGCGGAGCUCGACUACAUCAAGAUGUUUGGAGAGGAGUGGCUGAAGGCGGGAGGGGGGACUCAGCCCAGCAGCCAGUUCACCUGUCAGCACCCGCGUUACCUGAGCCUCAUCGACAAGUACGGCGCUCCAGAGGAAGGCGAGCUGAGGAAGCCGGCGCCGUUUGCCCUGAAAAAUCAGCUGUUAAAGAUCGUGUUUGUGUUUCCUGAUGACGCUGAGCGGAAGCCGAUUGAGAAGAAACUUCCAGACUCCAUGGUCGUCCAGAAGGUGAAGGGACUCCUGUACAGACUGCUGAAGGUUCCUGCAGCGGAUCUGAAGCUCACCUACACCAGCCCCAAGAUGUUGGGGACGGAGUUUGAGAUCGACAGCGACCUGAAGACUCUACAGUUUUACUCCUUAGAGGACGGAGACCAGGUGUUGGUCCGCUGGUCCUGAUCCCGACCCAGGAGCCCGGUCCACGGCCGAGACUGAACUUCAGCUGCUCGUGGGUCAGACUGAGGACUCACAGACUCGCACUGAGAGGUGGACUCACUACACAAUGACGCUCAGACCGGAUCUGUCCGCACUGUUUCAGAUAUUAAGCGUGUCAGUCUGUCCUUCAGGACUUCAUUUAGUCACAGAGUGAAAACUACAGCUGCACUAACACAUUCAAGGAUUUAAUGAAUAAACUACAAACAGACUUCACACUUUGUUAGUGAAUGAUUUCCCUUUGCAUUGGUUUGAAUGUCUUCAGUUAAAUGUAAGAGUCUGAGUCGGUGGAAUCAGAUACAGCUGCAUUAACCGUGUAAUAAACUGUGUAAUAUAUUA